UGAGCGCGUUAUAAAGAACAUCAGCUGCAUCCAGACUCAGAAUCCUACUCUCUCUCAGACUCAUUCAUCUCUCUGCAGAGGACCACCAUCAUGACUCCAACUUUCCUCUUCCUCCUCAUCCUCUCACUGACGGAUGUUUCUCUGAGUGCACCGAUUGACAGUAAAGAUAAAACAGGCCAAUCGAUGGACAUCUCUGAAAUCAUCCUAAGACCCCAAAUUGACCCAAAGAUACCUGUGGUGCAGGAUGACAUUGCUUUGCCGGAUACUUCCAGCAGGAACGCAGACCCAUGCACUGCCAAAGGCUGCAAGUGGUCUAAAACUGGACGCUACGUCUACGUGCCUUACUUCAUCUCUACUAAAUACAAUGAUUUAGAGCGCUUCAUCAUCAUUAGCAGCCUGCAGAGCUUCGUUCAGUCCACCUGCAUUCGCUUUGUCCCGUGGAAAGCAAGUGAUCUACAUUACCUCUACUUUGAAGCUAUGAAGGGGUGUUGGUCCUUUGUUGGCCGUCGAACUGGCGGACAGUUUAUCUCACUGGCAAAACCGGGCUGUUUGUACCACUCCACAGUGCAGCAUGAGGUUCUUCACGCUCUGGGAUUCCACCAUGAGCAGGAACGCUCCGACAGAGACGAAUAUAUCAGGAUUCUCUUCGAGAACAUUGAACCAGAAUUCAAAAAUAACUUUGAUAAAGUGGAGACAAACAACUUGAAGACUCCUUACGACUUCAACUCUGUCAUGCAAUACUACAAGUUCGCCUUCUCCAAAAAUGGGAAGCCAACCAUGGUCGCCAAGUGUGAUUCGAAUCUUGACUUUGGACACGCCAAGCAAAUGAGCAAGAACGACAUUGCUCGCAUCAACAGGCUCUAUAACUGCUGCUCAAAGAAAACACCCUGUACAAUUUCCAACUGAAUCACUUGUGCUGUUACUUGUGCUUCAGACUUCUCACUGGAUUUCAGGGAUUUUAUUUCUCUACCAGAGCUAUAAUGACUCCGCCUUUACAUACCACAAGGAUUCCCUUCCUGUUGUGGUCUAACCCUGUACUGGUUACUAUCAGUAAGGACUGCUAAGCUAUUAAGCAGCUUUUAUGUCAUUGUAUGUACUUGUUUGCUUCUUUUUACUUAAAAUAUCUGGAAUAAUUUGGAAAAUUUGAUCAAUUUGUAAUGACUUGAAAAUUUAAAUAUUUGAUCAACUUAAUGCUUAUCAUCUUGUUUGGUCCAAAGAAAUGACACUGAAAAAUUCUGAAAAAUUAAAAGUGAAAUGUGUUCUGUUAUCAUGCUGCACUGUUAACAUUAUCUUUUAGACUCUGCAAUAAUAAAGCUAAUGGCAAU